AUGCUGCCGCUGCUGCUGCCCCUGCUGUGGGCAGGGUCCCUGGCUCGGGAGGGGAGAUUCUGGUUGCGAGUACAGGAGUCUGUGACGGUCCAGGAGGGACUCUGUGUCUCUGUGCCCUGCACCUUCUCCUAUCCGCGGAAGUAUUGGACUGACUCUGCCCCUGCUCACGGCUCCUGGUUCCGAGAGGGGGCAAAUCCACAUCACAAUGCUCCAGUGGCCACAAACAACCCAGAUCUUAAAGUACAGGUGGACACCCAGGGACGAUUCCACCUCCUGAGAGACCCCCAGACCUACCACUGCUCCCUGAACAUCAGAGAUGCACAGAGACAGGACGAGGGGACAUACUUCUUUAUGUUGGAGAGAGGGUCUUAUGUGAGACAUAAUUUCACAGAGAACCAACUCUCUGUGCAUGUGACAGCUCUGACACAGACACCUGACAUCCACAUCCAGGGGACCCUAGAAUCUGGCCACCCAAAGAACAUUACCUGUGCAGUGCUGUGGGCCUGUAAGAGGGGGACGCCCCCCACCUUCUCCUGGAUCGGAGAUGCCCUCACCUCCCUGGGCCCCAAGACUCCCCACUCCUCGGUGCUCACCCUCACCCCGCGGCCCCAGGACCACGGCACCAACCUCACCUGUCGAGUGACCUUCCCUGGAGCUGGUGUGAGCACAGAGAGGACCAUCCGGCUCAAUGUGUCCUAUGUGCCCCUGAACCUAACCACCAGCGUGUUCUGGAUUGAAGGCACAGGGAGAUCAGGGCCCGUGGCAGAGGUGGUUCUGGUGGCCAUCGGGGAAUCGGCUGUGAAGACGCUGCUCCUCCUCCUCUGCCUCAUCUUCCUCAUGUGA